AUGCCGAUGGGUGAGGAGGGAGGGGGGGCUGUAGCUGUGUCUGCAGCCAGAAGGUUCGAGCCUGGGCUGCGGCUCCCAGCAAACACUGAGGCAGUAGGCUCCAACAAUCAGUCAGGCGGGCCGGGUCCCAGCACCAGCAGCCCCAGUAUCAACCAGCAGCCCCAGUACAAACCAGCAGCCCCAGUAUCAACCAGCAGCCCCAGUACAAACCAGCAGCCCCAGUAUCAACCAGCAGCCCUAGUACAAACCAGCAGCCCCAGUACAAACCAGCAGCCCCAGUACAAACCAGCAGCCCCAGUACAAACCAGCAGCCCCAGUAUCAACCAGCAGCCCCAGUAUCAACCAGCAGCCCCAGUAUCAACCAGCAGCCCCAGUACAAACCAGCAGCCCCAGUACAAACCAGCAGCCCCAGUACAAACCAGCAGCCCCAGUAUCAACCAGCGGCCCCAGUACAAACCAGCGGCCCCAGUACAAACCAGCGGCCCCAGUACAAACCAGCGGCCCCAGUACAAACCAGCGGCCCCAGUACAAACCAGCGGCCCCAGUACAAACCAGCGGCCCCAGUACAAACCAGCAGCCCCAGUACAAACCAGCGGCCCCAGUACAAACCAGCAGCCCCAGUAUCAACCAGCAGCCCCAGUACAAACCAGCAGCCCCAGUACAAACCAGCGGCCCCAGUACAAACCAGCGGCCCCAGUACAAACCAGCAGCCCCAGUACAAACCAGCGGCCCCAGUACAAACCAGCAGCCCCAGUAUCAACCAGCAGCCCCAGUACAAACCAGCAGCCCCAGUACAAACCAGCAGCCCCAGUACAAACCAGCAGCCCCAGUACAAACCAGCAGCCCCAGUACAAACCAGCAGCCCCAGUACAAACCAGCAGCCCCAGUAUCAACCAGCAGCCCCAGUAUCAACCAGCAGCCCCAGUACAAACCAGCAGCCCCAGUACAAACCAGCAGCCCCAGUACAAACCAGCAGCCCCAGUACAAACCAGCAGCCCCAGUAUCAACCAGCGGCCCCAGUACAAACCAGCGGCCCCAGUACAAACCAGCAGCCCCAGUACAACCAGCAGCCCCAGUACAAACCAGCAGCCCCAGUAUCAACCAGCAGCCCCAGUACAAACUAGCAGCCCCAGUACAAACCAGCAGCCCCAGUACAAACCAGCGGCCCCCGUACAAACCAGCGGCCCCAGUACAAACCAGCAGCCCCAGUACAAACCAGCAGCCCCAGUACAAACCAGCAGCCCCAGUAUCAACCAGCAGCCCCAGUAUCAACCAGCAGCCCCAGUACAAACCAGCGGCCCCAGUACAAACCAGCAGCCCCAGUAUCAACCAGCGGCCCCAGUACAAACCAGCGGCCCCAGUACAAACCAGCGGCCCCAGUAUCAACCAGCAGCCCCAGUACAAACCAGCGGCCCCAGUACAAACCAGCAGCCCCAGUAUCAACCAGCGGCCCCAGUACAAACCAGCGGCCCCAGUACAAACCAGCAGCCCCAGUAUCAACCAGCGGCCCCAGUACAAACCAGCGGCCCCAGUACAAACCAGCAGCCCCAGUACAAACCAGCGGCCCCAGUACAAACCAGCAGCCCCAGUAUCAACCAGCAGCCCCAGCCGAACAGGCAGAAUAUCCCUGAGAACUGGUGCAGCGGUGAAAGCAGAAUCCUCUUCCCCGAGGCGCUGGUCUCCCACCGGAGCAAGGUGUGA